AUGGCGCCAGCAUCCCCCGAUGGCUUGGACGUCCUCAUCCUCGGAGGUGGCAUCUCCGGCCUCACCACCGCCCUCGCCUUGACCAAGUUCGCGCCCCCCGGCAAAGUGCCGCGAAUCCGCAUCUUCGAGAUCCGUCCCGUGCCCGCAACCAUUGGCGGCGCUGUCAACCUCACCCCCAAUGCCCUCCGCAUGCUCGACCAUCUCGGCGCCCUGCAAAAGAUUCGCGAGAAGGACUAUGGCAGGACAAUCGAUUACCUCGAAGUCUUCGACGUCUACUCCGGCAAACUCGCCGAGUCGGACUUCCGUGGCCCCGAAGGCAAGGGCAUCGGCACGCCGCCUUACAAAGCGCUGCGCAUCACUCGCGGCGACUCCCUGAAGGGCGUGCUUGCGGCGGUGGAAGAGAACGAAAACAUCACCCUGACAUGCGGCAAGAAGACGGUGAAGAUUGACGAGACCGCGGACAAAGUCACCCUCACCUUUGAAGACGGGGAGAGUGUGUCUGGCGACCUGCUGAUGGGCUGCGAUGGCAUCCACUCCGCCACUCGUCUCAAGCACGUCGAGCCCGAGCGGAAAGCCGUCUACUCCGGCGUCUCCAACGCCUUUGGCUUCGCCCCCGUCGACAAAGACUUCAAGACCCACUUCGAAUGCACCGCCAUCAACUUUGCCCGCCGCGGAAUGCUGCUUACCAGCUACUUCCAACCCGAUCCCACCAUGGUGUACGUCGGCGGUCUCAUGCAGGUCAAAGACAUUGGUUCGCGAGACGGCUGGAAGGCAGUGGGAGCCGAUGCGGAGAAGACACGCGCCGAGCUGUUGGAUCGCUUUGGCGAUGCCAAAAUUCCCUGCAUUGUGCCUUUGAUUGAAAAGACCCAGGACUUCUACCUCUGGCCUGUCUUCACUCUGUCCAAGCAUGGCAAGUGGGCGACCGACCGUGUCAUGCUUUUGGGCGACGCCGCGCACGCCAUGCCUCCGCAAGGCGAAAGCACCGGCAUCGUCUUCGAAGACACCGUCCUCUUCUCCCGCUGCCUCACCCGGUGGGUGGAAAAGGGCAAGCCCAACACCAUGAAAGAGGCCUUUGACGCCUACGAGAAACUGCGGCGGAAGCGCAUCGAAGUCGCCUUCGAGGAGUCCAAGGACGUCGUGCGCACCGUCUCCGACGCCGGCUGGCUCGGCCACACCAUCAAGACCUACGUCGUCCCAUGGUUCCUCUGGUGGACGCACAGCUACCGCGAGAAGCAUUUCAUCGAGGACGUCACCAAGACCGAUCUGGGGUAUUAG